GAGGAGCUCCCCCUGCUGGACGGAAGGAGGGCAGCGCCCAGGCAGGUGCGAGGAGGCCAAGGCUCCGCCGGGGAUCGAAGCUCCCUCCCACGGUUUCCCGGGACAACGCGGCCGCAGAGACGUCACCGGCAGCGGGGCAAAGCGAGGAGGAGAAGGCGGAGGCGGCGGCUGGCUGGCUGGCUGCCGCUCCUUGGCCCCGGCCCUCGCUUUCUUGCAGCGGCGCAUCUUCGGAAGCCUCCGGAGCAUCCUGAGCCGUCCUCAUUGCAAGCAAGCCAAGCGUCCCUUCCCUGGAUGGGCGCGCCAUUCCUGCCCAUGCCUCGCGGGGGCGCCAGAGAGCAACCUGCUUGCCACCUUCUUCUUCGCCUUCCAUAAGCAUUGAGCAGCAGAGGCGAGUAGCAACAAAUAGAAAUCAGUGACAUUUUAUUAUUUCAUUUUUCCAAUAUCAUUUGAAUAAUUUAUUAUGUUAUAAUAUAAUAUUUUUUCUAAUAUUACUAUAGUAUGCUCUCAGUUAAUAGGCACCCAUGGGGGACUAUUUUUCCAAUAUCAUUUUAAUAAUUUAUUAUAUUAUAAUAUAAUAUUUUUUUCUAAUAUUACUAUAGUAUGCUCUCAGUUAACAGGCACCAUGGGGGACUUGAUUGAUGCCAUGCUUUUAAUGUUGUUUCUAGUUGCUUGAGAGUUGCUUCCGGUAUUAAAAACAGGCCUCACUAUUACUAGACCCCAUAUUUUUUCUAAUAUUACUAUAGUAUACUCUCAGUUAACAGGCACCAUGGGGGACUUGAUUGAUGCCAUGCUUUUAAUGUUGUUUCUAGUUGCUUGAGAGUUGCUCCCAGUAUUAAAAACAGGCCUCACUAUUACUACACCCCAUUUUUUUUCUAAUAUUACUAUAGUAGCCUCUCAGUUAACAAGCACUCAUGGGGGACUUGAUUGAUGCCAUGCUUUUAAUGUUGUUUCUAGUUGCUUGAGAGUUGCUCCCGGUAUUAAAAACAGGCCUCACUAUUACUACACCCCAUAUUUUUUCUAAUAUUACUAUAGUAACCUCUCAGUUAACAGGCACCCAUGGGGGACUUGGUCGAUGCCAUGCUUUUAAUGUUGUUUCUAGUUGCUUGAGAAUUACUCCCAGUAUUUAAAAACAGGCCUCACUAUUACUACACCCCAUGCUAUACCAUAAAGCCAGUAUUGACACUUGAUAUUCAUAUUGAAGUACAGUUACUAAAAGCCAUUCGAGACAAAGACAAACUCAAAACAUUAUAAUAUCGUUUCUGGUUGUUUGAGAGUUCUUGCUAAAAAUUAGGCCUAACUAUGCCCCACUAACACCUCAUGCUAUACCAUAAAGCCAGUAUUGACACUUGAUAUUCAUAUUGAAGUACGGUUACUAAAAGCCAUUCGAGACAAAGACAAACUCAAAACAGUAUAAUAUCAUUUCUGGUUGUUUGAGAGUUCUUAUUAAAAAUUAGACCUAACUAAUAGUAUACUCCAUACUAUUUUGUUUUCAUGUCAGGAGCUGCAAGUCGCUUCUGGUGUGAGAAUUGGCUGUCUGCAAGGACGUUGCCUGAGGGACGCCCUUAUGUUUGAUGUUUUACCAUCCUGUGGGAGGCUUCUCCCAUGUCCCCGCAUUUGGAGCUAGAGCUGACAGACGGGAGCUCACCCUGCUCUCCAGAUUCAAACUGCCAAACUUUCAGUCAGCAGUCCUACCGGCACAAGGGUUUAACCCAUUGUGCCACUCAGGGCUCCUUCCCAUAUUACUAUAUGAUACAUUCUGUGUUGAUUUGAUAUUAAUAUUAAAACAUAAUAAUUAAAAUUAAGUAAAGUAAAGACAAACUUAAAUAUAAUGUAAGAUGGUUUCACUAUGUUACUAUAUAUUUGUGAACACAAUAUGAAGAUACUUAAAACAAUUUCAUUUUAAUUUUUUUAUUGAAGUAUGUCAACUAUUAGUUCUUUUAUCUUAUUUUUGACGGUUACUUGAGGUCCAAUUAACCGAGAAUCAACUACAGUAGAGUCUCAUUUAUCCAACAUUCUGGAUUAUCCAACGCAUUUCUGUAGUCAAUAUUUUCAAUACAUCAUGAUAUUUUGGUGCUGAAUUCGUAAAUACAGUAAUUACUACAUAGCAUUACUGUGUAUUGAACUACUUUUUCAGUCAAAUUUGUUGUAUAACAUGAUGUUUUGGUGCUUCAUUUGUAAAAUCAUAACCUAAUUUAAUGUUAAAUAGGCUUUUCCUUAAUCUCUCCUUAUUAUCCAACAUAUUCACUUAUCCAACGUUCUGCCGGACCGUUUACAUUGGAUAAGCGAGACUCUACUGUAUAUUUAAAGUAUUAUUUUUUUGAAAAUUCUACUCUCCGGUUGCUUGAGAGUUCUGGUUGCUUGAGUUCCUCUUAACUGAGAGUCUACUGUAUCUAAAGUAUUAUUUCUUUGGUUUUCUUUCAUGGCUGGUUGCUUUAGAGUUCCAGUUGCUUAAUUUCCAGUUUAGUCCACUGUAUUCGUAUUCCAUGGAGUUGCCCACCCUACCGAGCAAUGUGUCUGGGAGUUCUGGUUGCUUGAGUUCCUCUUAACUGAGAGUCUACUGUAUAUAAAGUAUUAUUUCUUUGGUUUUCUUUCAUGGCCAGUUGCUUUAGAGUUCCAGUUGCUUAAUUUCCAGUUUAGUCCACUGUAUUCGUAUUCCAUGGAGUUGCCCACCCUACCGAGCAAUGUGUCUGGGAAUGGCAAUGGGAGCAUGGACUUUGGAGGGCCGAGUUGGGCACCGGACCCCAGGCGAUGGGGCUCAUCGGGGGCGGCGUUGGCCUCCCAAGCGUUGCUCCUCCUCCUGAUCUUCGCCCUCUCCGCCCUGGGCAACGGUGCCGUGGUGGGGGUCAUCGUGCGGCACCGGCAAUUGCGGACGGUCACCAACGCCUUCGUCCUCUCCUUGGCCUUGGCCGAACUGCUGGCCGCCGUGUUGUGCCUUCCGCCCGCCUUUUUCAGCCUCCUCAGCGGCCUGUGGCUCUUUGGUCCACGUCUUUGCAUCGCCAGUGCCACCCUCCACGCAGGGCUCGGUGUCGCCGCCACACUCACCAUGGCCCUGCUUGCCUUUGACCGCUAUUGCGCCAUCGUCCGUCAGCCGCGACACAAGAUGAGCCGCCGCCGUGCUGCCCAGCUCUUAGCUGCCGUCUGGUUGGCCUCCUUGGGCUUCUCCAGCCCGUGGUAUCUUCUAGCCCAAGAGGAGGAAGAGGAGGAAGAACAGGUCGCCGUGUCCGGGAAUGUGGCACCUACCGCGGCCGACCACUGCCUCUAUGUCUUACCAUGGAGCUCUUCCCGGUUGGGAGCCUCCUACGGAGCCACCUUGAUCGUCCUUUGCUACCUGCUGCCUUUCUCCGUCAUGUGUUUCUGCCACUACCACAUCUGCCGAGCCGUCCGGCUGUCGGAGAGCCGUGUGCGGCCCCUCACCACGUACGGGCACCUCUUGCGCUUCUACGGCGAGAUGCGGACGGCCACCACCGUCCUCAUCAUGAUCGUCUCCAUCAUCUGCUGCUGGGGGCCCUACUGCCUCCUGGGCCUGGCCGCCACCGUCGGGCAUCUCUCCUUCUCGCCCACUUUGGACGCCGCGGCCAGCUGGAUGGCUUGGGCCAACGGGGCCGUCAACCCCCUCAUCUACGUCGCGCGCAACCCCAACAUCUCGCUGCUCCUGGGCCGCAGCCGCGAGGGGGGCUACCGGACCCGGAACAACAACGUGGCCGCCUUCUUCGCGGCAACGAAAGGACGCCGCUUGGAUGCCAAGGGCCGGGCCGAGUGCUACACCAGCCACAGCGGGGUCACCGCCGGGAGCACCCUGACCUCCUCCAGCCCGGCCAGCGGGAACGAAUUGGCCAUGUGGGCCUGUAAAAACCCCGCCGUCCUCUUCUGUCGCGAUGGGAAGCCUGGCACGGCUGCUGGAUGCCCACAGCCCAAACUGGCUACUUGUGAUACAAGCCUUUGAGACAAAACAAUGUUGUGGGAAGCAACAAGGAAGCCAGUCACUGUGUUGUCGAAGGCUUUCGUGGCUGUUGUAUGAUCACAGGGUUGUUGUAUGUUUUCCGGGCUGUAUGGCCAUGUUCGGAGCCCCGGUGGCGAAGUGCAUUAAAGCACUGAGCUGGAGACCAAAAGGUCCCAGGAUCAAACCCCGGGAGUGGCGUGAGCAGCCGCUGUUAGCUCCAGCUCCUGCCAACCUAGCAGUUCGAAAACAUGCCAAUGUAAGUAUUUAUUAUUUAUUUAUUUACAGCAUUUAUAUUCCGCCCUUCUCACCCCGAAGGGGACUCAGGGCGGAUCACAUUACACAUAUAGGCAAACAUUCAAUGCCUUUUUAACAUAGAACAAAGACAAACAAACACAGGCUCCAAGCGGGCCUCGAACUCAUGACCUCCUGGUCAGAGUGAUUCAUUGCAGUUAAUUGUAGCUGGCUUGCUCUCCCGCCUGCACCACAGCCCACCACAGUAGAUCAAUAGGUACCGCUCCGGCGGGAAGGUAAUGGCGCUCCAUGCAGUCAUGCCGACCACAUGACCUUGGAGGUGUCUACGGACAACGCUGGCUCUUCAGCUUAGAAAUGGAGAUGAGCACCAACCCCCAGAGUCAGACAUAACUGGACUUAACGUCAGGGGAAACCUUUACCUUUACCUUAUGGCCAUGUUCUAGAAGUAUUCUCUCCUGACCUUUCGCCCACAUCUAUGGCAGGCAUCCUCAGAGGUUGUGAGGAAUGGAAGGAAGGAAGGUUUAUAUAUAUCUUUGGAAACUCCAGGGUGAGAGAAGAACUCUUUGUCAGUUGGAGGCCAGUAUGAAUCUACAGACCCACAAAGAAAAUCCUAUCUACAGAACUAUCUACAGACCCACAAAGAAAAUCCAACAAAUGCUACAGUCAGAGAGGGACAAGAGGGAUCCUCUCACCUCUGCAGGGGUCUACCGGAUACCAUGCAGCUGUGGACAAGUAUACAUAGGGACCACCCAACGCAACAGCAUUGCCCAAACAUGAGUCAAAGAGCAUGAAAGGCACUGCAGACUCACUCAACCAGAGAAAUCAGCCAUAGCAGAGCACUUGAUGAACCAACCUGGACACAGGAUAUUAUUUGAGAACACAGAAAUGCUGGACCACUCUAACAACUAUCAUGUCAGACUACACAAAGAAGCCAUUGAAAUCCACAAGCAUGUGGACAACUUCAACAGAAAGGAGGAAACCAUGAAAAUGAACAAAAUCUGGCUACCAGUAUUAAAAAAACUCAAAAAUCAGAACAGUAAAUAAGAAGCAACACUCUGAAAACAGAGGAGUUCCAGACAUGGGAACCAGGGGCAGCUAAAGACUCUGAACAAAGGAUGCCCCCAGGCAGGAAGAAGCCAGAAGAUGAAGCUAUUCAAUGCUAAUUAAGACGAUUAACUACAACAUUCACACUGGCCUCCAACUGACAAGAGUUCUUCUCUCACUCUGGACUUUCCACAGAUAUAUCUAAACCUUCCUUGCUUAGUUUCUCCAUACCUCACGACCUCUGAGGAUGCCUGCCAUAGAUGUGGGCGAAACGUCAGGAGAGAAUACUUCUAGAACAUGGCGAUACAGCCCCGAAAACAUACAACAACCAAGCCAGUCAUUGCUGGUGUAAUAGUGCCAAGAUUGGUCCAUUCAGGUGGGGUGAAAAAUUAUCUAAAAACCUUGUCUCCCAGAAGGAAAAAGAACAUCUUACAGAUAUUAUCACACCCUGCUGUUAAAGCACUGCUAUUCCAUUCUGGGAUUUGUAGUUUGCUGAGAAGGUUUAGUAGACUUUAUUCCAAGGGCUCUCUUUGUGGUCCCACAGGGGUUCAGAAACUCCUCCUAACAUUUCUGAUAUAUUCUUUUAAAUUAUUAAUUCCUUUUUUGUCUUUUAAAAUAGUCUUUGACCGGUUGCCAGUCAGUUUGCUUUUUAGGUAUUCCAUGGAUGCACUCCUAAAAUAAAUGGUUUCAGGGAAAACAGUAUGGGUCAAUUUUGUUUCCUAGGCUUUUUGUGUGACAGUUUUUCCCAUUUACAAAGCUGCAAAAUAUUGGCAACUAUUAACUGGAUUUCUGCUCCGGGGUCUGUUACUUCUCAAGCUCUUGGGCUACAGAGGUAGAAAACACUGUGACUUAAAUGUGUAGCCUUUCUGGUUUAUGGCUGUGUUUACACUGCAGAGUUAAUGCGGUUUGACACCACUUUAACCUCUGUGGCUCAAUGCUAUGGGAUCCUGUGAGAUAUAGUUAUACAAGAUAUUUCACCAAAGUGUACUGGUGCCUCUCCAAACUACAAUGGCCAUGACUCCAUAGCAUUGAGCUGGGACAGCAUGGCAUUUUCCCCUUCAGUGUUCUUAUUUCACCAAUCCACCCUCUGUAUAAAGAAGUAUUCUUAAAAUAUUCUACCUGAGUUGCUCAGUUCCUUUAUUCCAGUUCAUUCCCAGUUUUCUUGUCCACCAGGCAUCACUUAAAUACAAAAUUCGGUUUGACUUUUAAUUCUAUUUCUUCCAUCGAAAUGGACUCGCAUACUGUUCAUGCAUUUUUCUUCUCCAAGCUGAAUAUACUUAGGGUUGUUGUGUGUUUUCUGGUCUGUAUGGCCAUGCUCCAGAAGCAUUCUCUCCUGACGUUUCGCCCACAUCUAUGGCAGGCGUCCUCAGAGGUUGUGAGGUAUGGAGAACCUAAGCAAGGAAGGUUUAUAUAUCUGUGGAAGUUCCUGGGUGGGGGGAAGAACUGUUGGAGGCCAGUGUGAAUGAUGUAAUUAAUCACUUUUGUUAGCAUUAAAUGGCCUUCCCAGUCUCACAUCCUGGCCUGGAGAAAUCCUUUGUUCUGAGUCGUUAAUUGCAGCAUUCACACUUUCCUCCAGCAGACAGGAGUUCUUUUUCCCACCCUAGACCUUCCACAGAUAUAUAAACCUCACUAGCCUAGUUUCCAAUAUACCUCACAACCUCUGAGGAUGCCUGCCAUAGAUGUGGGCGAAACGUCAGGAGAGAAUACUUCUGGAACAUGGCCAUACAGCCCGGAAAACACACAACAACCCUGUGAUUCCGGCCAUGAAAGCCUUCAACAACACAUUGAAUAUACUUAGUUCCUCCAACCUUUCCUUAUGUGUUUUGUUUUCCAUAGUUUUAACCAUCCUUUUUGUGAACAUGCUCCAAUUUGUUUGUAUUCUUCUUCAAAUGAGGCAUGCAGAAUUGAACGCAAUGUACCAGAUGAAGCAAUGUUUACCAUGUAACCGUUCUGAAAGAACCAGAUUGUCCAGAGAGAGCCUUGGAUCUCUGGCAACAUUGAGGUCCUCCUAUCCCAAGCUGGCUUUCUUCUCAAAUGUCUGGGCUUAAAUGUGAUGCUAUUUUUUUUCUCCAUGUGGAUAUUAUUAUUUAUCAUCUGUAUAGCAUUGCUCGGAGAUGCACAGUUGAUUGAACGAUCUCAACUUCGGCACUAAGGUGAAUUGCCUUUUCAUUGCACAUACCUGAGGUUGAUGCCACAUGACUCAGAACUUGUACAUGACUAUCCAUCAUGAAACGUCAGUGCCAAAUGAAGGAGAAAGAGUAGAAAAUAGGACUAAAAAUGGUCUCUGAUGCCUAGUCAAAGAACAAGAAGCUGCAUUGCACACUGUGACAAACUGUUAUUAUUAGUUCUUUGUGUUUUUUGUAUAAGCAAUGUUGAUUGUUAGCCCAACUGAGGUAGACCUACUGAACCAAGGAGACAAUGGGUGCAUAGACUGUCAAAUUAAUGCAGUUUGACGCCACUUUAAUUGGCAUAUCUCAAUGCUAAGUAAUCAUGGGAGUUAUAUUUUGGUGAGGCACCAGAACUCUUUGGCAGAGAAGGCUAAAGACCUUGUAAAACUACAUCUCCCAAAACUACAUCUCCCAUGGUGCCAUAGCAUUGCACCCUGGCAGAUAAAGUGGUGUCAAGUUGCAUUAAUUCCACAGUGUAGAUGAACCCUUAUAUAUUGACUCACCAUUUAACCGUUGGUUUUAGAGGGGUGGAGUCUAUUUUAUUUAUCAAAUUCAGGUCGUCUUCUCAAUGCCAAAUCUGUGCGAUGUCUCUUGGUCAGUUGGCAAUUGGUUGGACCCAGUUGGGGUUUCCUGAGCAAGCUGUACAAAAUUGUUAGAAUUGUAACCCCUAAAAGAGGAAAGUAUAUGUAUUUGUAUUUUUGGCAAGUAUGAUGUUAUUUUAUUUUGUGAGCCAAGAAAUAAACAAAGCUUUCCCUUUUUGUUCCUCCCUGCAA